AUGACAACAGGUUUGAAAUUUUUAAAAGCAGGCGAUGGUGGAACUUUUGUUAAUGCAAAUAAAGGUGAUACUAUUGCGCGUAUACAGUACGACGAUAGUGCAAAACAUCGAUAUACCUUAGAUCUUACCGAAGGUAAAAUUCAAUUAAAAUAUGCAUCGUUGGAUAAUAGUGGUAAUGUGACUGGAACAGAGAAAACGUUCACAUUCCCUAAAUUCUUACUCAAUAACUUGAACAAUACUUUUGCAUUUAAGACUGAUUUGGGUGAUUAUAUAAAAACAACUGACCUGAAUACUAAAUUGAGUGAUUAUACCAGAACAGAUGGUAGUAAUAUAACAGAUGAUAUACAAAAUAUAUUAAUGAGUCAUCACACUACACAAGUAUUUGAUUUUUUAAGUAGUCUAGAGACGGAAUAUAAUGCUAUGCAUGGGUAA